UGGACAGCGAGUGAGUGCGAAGGGCUCGAGUCACUCGACCACGACUGAGGGUGGGGGCAGAUUACAUGUACUUAGGGUCGUAGAUUUAUGUACAAAGUAAAUAGCUCUUAGCCCUUGAGCUAAGGUCCCUGAAUGUGAAUAUUCACCAGGAUCACCCCCAUUAGGACAAAGACCCAUCAUCACACAGCACCGCCAUGUUCAAAUCCGACUUAUACGAAAUUCUCUGGCUGCUCUUCUACAUCGCACUGUCCACGUAUCUCGCCGCGACGGCAAAGUCCUGGAUCACGAAUCCUACUACUGCCACAAGAUGGAGGACUUCCUGCGCCAGCUAGAGCACCACUCGUUCGAGCUCUCUCCACUGGACAUCAUCCCCAGUCAUCUUUACCUGACCAAGGUCUUCUUCUACAAGGGCAACCUCAUGUCCAACGACACACUGCUGGCAUCUCUAUACGAUUCUCUACAGAGCUUCCCGAUUCUUGUUGCGAAACUCCAGCGUCAUGGAUCCACCUCCAUGAGACUCAUCGUCGACAGGGACGCCCCAAACCUGCCCUCGUGGGAAGAGCACGAAGACCUCAAUGUACACUUUGAGGAGCUAGAAAGGAAAAGAUUCCACCGUGAUCAGUGGCCUGAUUGCAUCAACAUCACGGAUCCGCUCCUCUACGCGGGCAACGGCGGUGAUGUGCCCAAACUUCUGCGGGUCCGACUCUAUCGCUACAGAGACAGCAGCGGAUCCGCCCUGGUGGUACGUGUUGCCCACUGUGUCUUCGACGCAAAGGGAUUCGCUUUCUUCAUGAACCACUGGGCAACGUCCCAUCGCAACCGCUUGUCGAGCGGUGCGCACGAGUCGCCUUUUCGGCCUGAUCUGGAUCGCGCCGUCAUGUACAAACACGUCCCUCCCGAUGUGCGGCCACAACCACUCGGGCGGAUCAUGACUUGGGUGUCAUAUGUUUUGACAGCACUACUGGGUAUCGUGACAUGGUUCGUCGCGAAGAAAACAUCCACAGGUCCAUCUGUCAGUCAUCUCUUCCGCGUGCCAAGGGAGUCACUAGACCGUGUUUCUUCUACGCACCAGGGAAAGUUGGCCUUGUCCGACAAUGACAUAAUCACGGCCCUCUUCCUCAUGUCCUAUGCGCAGCUUGGACGAUUUUCGGGUUGGAGGUUGCCCAAGGAUAUCACGGCCAUUGUGCCUUGCGACUUUCGCCACCGGCUUGGUGUCCCAGAAAGCUUCACGGGGAGCUGUGCGGUGGGCAUCUACGUCGAAGCCCCCCUGAACCUUCUCCUGCAGCCCAUCACUCCGUCGUCCUUGUCUGCGGUGGCAGCUAUAUCUCGCGAGGCGGUCAGCAAAGUGGACGUGCAUGUUAUCACCAGUCUCGCCAAGAAGGCCACGAAAGCGAUGCAGGUGUUAGGAGACAAGGCACGGCUGCUGUACUCGCUCAUGGUGUGCCAGGCCUUCUCCAACCAGAGUCGACUUCCCUUCUACGAGAUUGACUUUGGUGCCGGUGGACCGCUCUUUGUCGCCCCCAUGGCCUAUUCCAAGAGCCUGGCGGUCAUUGUGCCUUCGCCCCCUGGGAGCGAGGAUGUGUACGUCUACCUGACUUUGGAGGAAAGGGAAAUGAACAGGAUACUACAGAAUGAGGGCUUCAUGAGUAUGGUAAAGCUCUAUUACUAG